UCUCCAGCGAUGAGUCAGUCUGACAACAGACUAACCUCACCACUGAUAUGUUUAUCUGAUUACUGAUAUUGUACUUAUUAUAUAAUACUUGUAUCAUGCCUUUUCAAAGAAACGGGCGUACAUGAUUUUCAAUGUUGCCCACAUUUUGAAUGAAACAUUUGAGUUAUAAAAGAUAGAGGGUCAAAGGUUCAUGGAUGCAUUAAUUCAUUAUGUUGAUGUCAUUAACAAUAUGAUUAAGUUAAGGUGGACCUGGUACAGUUAAAGUAUCUGUGUACAGGUCCACUAAUGGACAUUGGAGUGUUACUUUCAAAGGCAAAAUUAAAGUAUUGCUAAAAACAUAAUUUUAUAUGGGACUUUAUUGUAUUAUAUGUAUAGUAUGUGUUCCAAGAAGAAAAAAGCAUAAAACACCGCCAGAAUUAGAGAUAUUACAAGUCAAAGUGAUGAAGCUUAGUGUUAUGCUCAUGACUUGGUGUAGCUAAACAUUACACUAUAACAGACCUGGGCAAAUUAAGGCCCGGGGCCCAUUUGCGGCCCGUUAAGCUUUUCAAUCUGGCCCACCGGACAUUCCCAAAUAUUAUUUUUAGAUCUUUAAGAUGGAAAGUGUAUGAUGUGCAGUGGUGUUUUCUAAUGACCGUAAGUCUUGAACUAUAGUAAGUAUUUUAAUGGUUGGAAUCUGCGCUUAUGGAUGAUAUACCAGUCACUAUGGUAAUCUAAUUAGUUACUAUGGUCAUCUAAUUAGUUACUAUGGUAAUCUACGUCACAGCAGCUCAGACGAGGCACCAAGCAGUGUGGGCGGGAAGCGUUUCCACAGACGCGGAAGGAGAUUUUCACAACAAAGUUCUAAAGCUUAGUGAUAUAUCAAAUGUAUCAGAUUGUAGGUGGGGUUUAUUUUGUACCCUUCACGUUCAUAUUUCACUGUUUGCUGCAUUUUUGUUGCGUUUCACUUGAUUGUAAAAUAUGUCGAUCGAAAGGGGGUGUGACAUUCAUCUUUUGUCAAUAUUCAGUGUUUUAUCCUUCAUAGAAAAAUGUAAAAUUCCAUUAUGUUUUUUAGGCGGUCUGUCGUAACAUUAUUAGCAUUCAAUCAGACAUUAUUGUGAGGUUUUGUAUUAGUGUUCCUAAAAAUAGAUAUACCGGCCCCCAGACACAUUUUUUUCUGUAAAUGUGGCCCCCGAGUCAAAAUAAUUGCCCAGGCCUGCCCUGUAAGAUGAAGGCAAUUGCAUUUUAUUGAUAUUUGAAAUGUAUUCAAUGUUUAUAAAUGAAUAUUUAAAUAUACUAAAUGUAAAAAAGAGAAUACAUAUUCUAAAUAAGAUCAUUAAAUGAAAUGGUGGUAGCGGGGGUGUAUUUUGUAACGUCCCGGAAGAGUUAGUACUGUAUUGAUUGAUUGAUUGAUAAAGGGUUCUGGGUAUUUGUUCUGUUGUGUUUAUGUUGUGUUACGGUGCGGAUGUUCUCCCGAAAUAUGUUUGUCAUUCUUGUUUGGUGUGGGUUCACAUUGUGGCGUGUAUUUCUAACAGUGUUAAAGUUGUUUAUACGUCCACCCUCAGUGUGACCUGUAUGGCUGUUGAUCAAGUGUGCGUGGCAUUCACGUACACUACCGUUCAAAAGUUUGAGGUCACCCAAACAAUUUUGUGGAAUAUCCUUCAUUUCUAAGAACAAGAAUAGACUGUCGCGUUUCAGAUGAAAGUUCUCUUUUUCUGGCCAUUUUGAGCGUUUAAUUGACCCCACAAAUGUGAUGCUCCAGAAACUCAAUCUGCUCAAAGGAAGGUCAGUUUUGUAGCUUCUGUAACGAGCUAAACUGUUUUCAGAUGUGUGAACAUGAUUGCACAAGGGUUUUCUGAUCAUCAAUUAGCCUUCUGAGCCAAUGAGCAAACACAUUGUACCAUUAGAACACUGGAGUGAUAGUUGCUGGAAAUAGAGUGUACUUCUUUAAAGUUAAGACUAGUUUAAAGUUAUCUUCAUUGAAAAAUAAGGACAUUUUAAUGUGACCCCAAACUUUUGAACGGUAGUGUAUGUGUGCGUGCAGAAGCCGCACAUAUCUUGUGACUGGGCCGGCACGUUGUUAGAAUGGAUGAAAAGCGGAAGUGACGACAGCUCGUAGAGGACGUUAAAGGCAGUGCCUUUAAGGCACGCCCCCAAGACUGUGGUCCGGGUGGACUACGAGAUAUAAGACUGAUGAACACCUUCGUUCGAUAAUGAAGGUUGCCUCAGCUCAAAGCCUGAGCCCCGAUAUUAAUGAACUAGCAUCCAAGAAAAGAUGGCAGGUAUCUGGCUUGGGCACAUCAGAUUAGAUCAGUGUGUUGCAAACUGAGCAGUUUAAAGUCCUGAAUGGUUGGUUUAUUCAUUGUUAUUUUAUUUUCAAAUUUAUUAGCCUGUGGAAAAAGUUAAUGUUGAUAUGUACCUCAGAAGGCUGCAAAUAGAAAAGAGGCAUUCAAUUUUUAUUUUAUUGUAAAUAAUGUAAAUAAUUUAAUGUAUAUACUGUGAUGAUUAACUUGUGUGAUGACUGUAUUAUGAUGAUAGUACUGUAUAUAUUUGUACCAUGAAUUGAUUAACGUGGACCCCGACUUAAACAAGUUGAAAAACUUAUUGGGGUGUUACCAUUUAGUGGUCAAUUGUACGGAAUAUGUACUGUACUGUGCAAUCUACUAAUACAAGUUUCAAUCAAUCAAUCAAAGACCUGACAGAUAGAUAGACAGAUAGAUGGAUAGAUAGAUACAUAGAUAGAUAGAUAGAUAGAUAGAUAGAUAGAUAGAUAGAUAGAUAGAUAGAUAGAUAGAUAGAUAGAUAGAUAGAUAGAUAGAUAGAUAGAUAGAUAGAUAGAUAGAUAGAUAGAUAGUACUUUAUUGAUUCCUUCAGGAGAGUUCCCUCAGGAAAAUUUAAAUUCCAGCAGGAGUGUACAGAAUUGAGAUCGAAUUUAAAAAGUAAAAAGUAAAUAAUGGGGGUAUAAAUGGAAACAAAAUAGAAAAAUAUUACAAUAUGAAUAAAAAUAAAAAGCAACAAUGAGAAUAAAAAUAUAACAGUAAAAUAAGAAUAUAACAAGAGAAACAAGGCAGUAGUGACCACGUUAUGAAAAAGUAUUGCACUGUUAUUGUUUUGCAUCCCCUGUCAUCCUAGGACUAGGAUGAAAAAAACAAAACUCAAAAUAACCAGUGAGUGCGCACACAAAAUAAAUUACAAUAAAUAGAAAGAAACAGAAUAAACAACAGAUUUCGGCCAUUUUGCAAGUUUUUGCAAGUUAUGCACGUAAUCUAUAAAUAAAAGUAGAGUUGCGUUUCCUUCAGUACAGGCGAGAGACUUUGCAGCGACCAAUCAGAUGAGCUCCGAGGAGCGAGGGGCGUGGUCAUCCCUCCUCUGUGCAAUAUCAGUUUCUAAAGUCGCUUCCCGCCAUGAGUUGAAACUUUCGCGGCCUUUGCAAAAGUGCGUUUGCUAUAUCCACCACAAAAGCCCAAACGGGCGGAGCGCGUUUCUUUUUAACAGCAGUCCAUGUUUACGUGGUUCCCGCCGGCAGGGAGCGGUGUUCAAAACGAGCCAACAUUCGUGACGUCAGCUUUUUUUGAAGCGAGAAGUCCAAGCUGAAGAGUGAACCAGUAGUUUUUGUAAGAUAUUGUUUAACAUCAUUGCUUUAUCUAUGUAUAAUAUUUCAUAUAACAAAACCCCACAUUUUAAGCCGAAUCGCGGUGUUGAAGUACAGGCUUUAAAAAAAAUGGCUCGCAUUGAUGUUAACUCGGUGAGUACUGCCAAUGGGGAUCUAUCUAAUAACAUAAUGGCGAUAAACAUGUCUAGGCGUGUUCCAAACACACACCCAUGAAGCAGAUAGGACAACUCCACAUUGCUGCACUUUGGUCACCGUCGAGUAACGUCAACUUUAAAGUGCGUUUUCUAUGGAGAACAGCGACGAGGAAGAUAACGCCAACGAUGAAGAUGGAGCGAAGGUGAACGACCUGAACUUGAGGCGUUGCAGGUUGGAGGAAGAACAUGAUGGAGUCACACCCAAGGGUGAGGAACCUGACAGGGACGGACUAUACAGUGAACAGGUGGAAUCAGAGAGAAGCAAUGGAGAAGAGAUGAAUAGUGAUGGGAGGGAGUAUCUUUCUCUGUCCUCCUCCAGCUGCAUGGACACCUGUAAUCCUUUUAUACCCAGCCUCUCUUCCUCAAACAUCUCCACCCACUAUCAUGCUGGUAUUUCAACCUCAUCUUCCUCUUCUGUCUUGGGUCUGACACCACCCUUACCUCCCACCGUGGACCUCUUGGCUGUUUUGACUGAUACCAAGCUGAACUUGGAUGUUUACCGAAGCGGAGCAUCUGUACUGCCAAGGCUAUGGGCCUCCAUUCCAGAGCACCUGAGAGGAAUUCACUACCUGAGACUCGGCUCUGAGGAUAAAACCGCGUUGGAUGGCGCACUUGAUGUCCUUCCACAUUUGAAAGAUCUACGCUCACUAGCCAUUCGAGGGCACGUUGUGUAUGAUUCACAAGGGACCCCCCUGCCAGGGCUCCUUACCACUCUACCCACAUCCCUCUCUUCCCUCUCUCUUCUGGUGCACGUGGAUCUCUCCUUCAACCAGCUCUGCGUCCUUCCAUCAUGUCUUCUCCGCUUACCUCUGCUAUCCACCCUAGUCCUGUGUUACAACCACCUGUGGGAGCUGCCCUCUGAUGUCGGCCAUCUAUCUACCCUCACCUACCUCUCUCUCAUUGGGAACAAGCUGGUUUCUCUUCCUGGGAGUUUAGGCCAGCUGAAAGCACUACAGUUGCUGGAUGUUUCAAAUAACCUCCUCGAGGAGCUGCCAAAGGAAAUUGGUUCUUUGGGAGAGCUUGUUACACUGGUACUGUCCAACAACAAGCUGAAACGGCUACCGGAGACCAUAGGCUGUCUCCACUCCCUGAGGGAACUUAUCGCCUUCAGCAAUGACCUUCGCUUUAUUCCACCUUGCCUGGAUAAAGUGCCUCUGCUGAAAAUGGAUGUUCGUGACAACCCUUUAGGGCGACCGCCAACACCUCCCCCUCUUCCCCCCCUCAGACCUGACGCCUUAGCAAAUAUCCCCGAAUUGGAUCUUCUAUUCAACCAGCGCAGUUUUAGUGUUACGUCUGCUGGAUGUCAUGUUUUUCUCCCAGGGGGGGCCGUGCUGCUGUUCCCCCCGGGUUGUGUGCAUAAACCCACAACACUGGAGUGGGUCGAGAGAGGACCCCAAAGAAAGUGGGUGCUGCUCGAGGAACAUGAUAUCCUCCUCAGCCGUCCACUAGAACUUCGUCCUCAUGGGGUCAUGUUCCUUAAGCCAGUGGAGGUGUGUGUACCACACCACCGGAAAAAAGGCAGGGAGGUGGUUGUGAGGAAGUAUGAUGGAAAAUCAUGGAGCACUUUGACCACUGUCCUCAAGAAAGGAAUUAAGCGACACUGCAUUCGCUCAGAUGGACGUCCAGUUAGGCUGGCUUGCUGCUUUGUAAGCCAAUUUUCCUGGUUUAUUGUUGUGGCUCGCCCAGUGACGGACAGCUGCUCAGUUACACCAGCAGGAGCACUUUUGGUGUCCAGUGCUGAUCCUGGAGUCAAGCUUUACUUCCCCCCAGACUCCACCACUCAAACCUGUGCCAUAACUUUACAGGUGCUGCAAGUGUCUGUGGCAGAAGUACAGACGCUUUGUGGUGAUCCACAGGCGAGCGUCAGCCCUCUCCUCUGCCUCUCACAGACUCCCAGCAUGCAUUUCCUGCAGCCAAUAAGAGUGCAGGUCCCGCUGCCGCCCGGGGUUUCAGGUCACACAGUUGAUAUGUCCUGUUUAUAUCUGCUGCAUGGAGACCCUACUGCCCAAACCUGGACGGACAUCACCUCUCAAGUAUCUCUCUACGUCACCCAUUUGUACGCUAUAUUCUACAUUACGCAUUUCUCUUGGUACUGGCUGUGGUACAAGACUCAGAGAAUUGUUGGCGGCAUGGUUAGAAAGGUAUACCAAAGGCUAAAACAGUUCAAAGUCCAAUUCCUGGUCCUCCAGCGGAAAACUGAUCCUUCACAAGUCCUGCUACAGUGUUUACCGACUAACAAGGUGGAAGACCAGGUGCAGUCGCUGUCAGAGCGGUAUGACGGACCCCAGCCUUCAGACCUGUGCGAACUACUCGAAGGAGAGCAGUUCUUUGCUGGCUUUGAGAGAGGCUUAGAUAUCUACACAGACAGGCCAGACUGUGUCGGGGGGAGACUGUGUUUUGUGUUUCACUCCAGCUGGAAGAAUCUGAAGGAAGUUUACAUCUCUCCUGCUCAGGGCCUCCAAGGGCCAGUAAGGGGACAAGUCUCAUUUUACAGAGGGGAGAGUUCCAAGCAUUUGCCAGAGGAAGUAGCGAGGAAGAGGAAGGAACAGGACACCCAGUGGCUCGCAACAUUACCACUGAGACUUCCUGCUCUCAAUUCGGAGAACAAGUACAUAGUGGAAGAGUUCCAGAUACCUCCUCUGAACUUGGGAGACCCAGAGAGCGGCUACUUGACAGAAGCCAACUUGCUGUCAAUCUCUCUCCGGAUUGGACAGGAUUGGCACAUUAUUGGCAUCAAUCUGGGGUUAAAAUACCAGGAAUUAGAGCGCAUCCAGUACAAAUACAGGGACAGUCUUGGUGCAAUGGUACUGGACAUGCUCUUCCAAUGGGCCCAAGGACAGACGAACGCCGGGCCCGGGGCUGUUUCGCGAUUGGCGGCUGCCAUGAUUGAGAGCGGCAGGAAAGACAUUGCAGAUGAGCUGGAGGACAUAGUCUGCCUAGGAAGGCAAAAGUACAAUGAGUCACUGAGAAGAGUGGGCCUCGAGGCGGAGGAGCAGCCCCCUCCGUGAAAGUCAGCAGGAGAGAAACCCUCACUGUGUGCAGGUGGCCGACACGUGACUUCCUUAUUUUAAUGUGCCCUUGUUUUAGCUACACAACUGUACUCUCAGAUGCAGGAACUGCCAGACAGAAAUGCUGUUAAAUAAAAAACAAACAACUGAAGCCCCUUUUCAACUCACUCUAAUUAAUGUAAGCAAUACAUGAGUUUUUAACAAAAUAAAAACCUGUCACAUUUGACAAUAUUGACUGAUACUUACCCAUGCUUUCAUUCAACCAUGUUGUCUUAACACUUUGCAUCCAUUUGACUCUCAAUUGAACUAACGUUGAACCGCAUAGGUUCCACUAUGAGCUGGCAGGAUAAGCAAACACUAGUAUCUGUUGCUCUUUUUCUCAGGUCAAACUAUUGUACCAUAAGAGCAAGACAAGGCUGAAUUUUUUUUAAAUAAUUCACUUAGAAGCCAUUUUAGCUACCUGUCAGUUUCACAAAAUAAUGUGAUGCUCUAAUAUUGUUGCAAUAUUUAUCCCAUUCCUGUCAUUAUUGUUCCACUUGUUAACUGAUCACUCUUAAAGCAUCAUUUGAUAAACAAAGUAGGGACAGGUAAGCAAUUGUUUUACUCAACUCAAAGACAUUGGGAUUUUUUUUUUCACAAGUAGUACCAAUGGCAAGAUUAAUGCAGAGAAAAUAUACUACACUCUAGUUGCACUUGGAGGUAUUCAACACGUUUUGUCAAUUACUUUCAUUUUCAAAAUGCACAAACCUUUAAUGGACAGCCAAUUGAAUAAUUUCUAAAGCUAUUUUACUCACUACCAAAUGGCAUAUACCUUAUUGCAGUGAAACUUGCCAAGGAACAUGUAAGCAAAUAUUAACAUUGCUGUAUGUAUACU